AUGCCUUCUCCAAACGUGGUACCGGGCUCGUCCACGCGUGGUACGGGAGGCGAUAGUCCUGCACCCGAGGUCCCAGCGAUACACGACCUCCUGAAUUCAAUGAAACUCAGAUUGAGCUUCAUGGAUCGGGAGUUCGAUGUAUUAGGCAACGAGUUUACGAGGCUCGCGGUGCUCGCGAGUGCCCAGAAGGCAGCGGAGAAGAUCCAGGCUCUCCGGUCUGACCUCGAUGUGCGAGACUCGGGCCGAGUCGCGCGGAUCGAGGAACUGAAGGAGGAGCUGUGGAGGGGGCUUCAGCAACGUGUUCUGCACGACCUCAGUCAACAAGCAGAUGCAAUUAUAAAGCGCCGCAUGGCUGACAAUCCGGCUCUGAAGACAAGAGUCGCGAGCGAGGACAGCAAGCGUCGUCUGCAGAUAGUCCAGAUGGAUCUCCAGAACUCCGAAGCUCGUCGCCACAAUCACAAUGCCACGAUCAGGAGUCGCUCCGUUAAAGAGCCUCUCCGCCCCCUCUUGCGUCCGCUGGCUAUGCCUUUGACCUCGCUGUCGUCAUUCCCGAAUGGGAUGGUCGUCCCGGUUACACCAGCCCAGCCCGCGCCCCCGCCUGUCACCCCCGCCACGCCCCAGCAUCGUCCUGCGUCGCUGUCGCCGGCGAGUGCUACUACGGUUAGUUCGGACUCCAGCUGGGAUACGGACGUCCCGACGCCGUCGGAGCGGUUCCCUCGCGACCUGCGAGAGCUGGCCAGCUUCGACGACGACCGCCUCAAAGGGCUUCUGCUCGACUAUGGCUUGGGAAAUGAGGGGGACGACAUGAACAACAGGGAAAAGGAGAUGAAUACAUUCCUAGCUCACAUUGGGGUGCCCCUGCAGGUCCAGCCUACCUCGGCGGCUCCGAGGGGGUCGGGUCGGCAUCCGAAGCCCGUGUUUACCAGGACCUACUAG